UAUGAAGUGUCCUACAUGCCCAUCAAACAGCCCUCUCUGAAGAUAACCAUCCACAUCACUCAUCUCAAGGUAGUUGUUCCUGUAAGGUCAGAGGAGUAUGAGGUCUCUGUUUGUGCCUUUAACAGCGUGGGAUGCUCACCGCACCGCCGGCUCACGGUCGACGCGUCUCGGACUCACGAUGUGCCGGCGCUGAAGAGUCUCUGGGUUUAUCCCGACGGUCCUUCACUGCGGAUCUGCUGGGAACACGAGUUCACCGCGGUAAACGUCAGCGAGUUCGCCAUCGAAUGGAGCGCCGCGACCGAGCGCGAGCACAGACGCUGGGAACGAGUCACUGGAUCCACCUUUACAGCCCCUCUGCCAGGCAUUGCAGCGCAGCAGAUGUACGUCAUCAGCGUGUUCCCCGUCUACGAGUCUCUCUGCGGGCCGCCGGCCUCCAUCUCUGCGGAUCUACAACACGGCGCUCUGCUGGAUCUGGUCCGGUUCCGUCUGGUGAACGUGACGAGCUCGUCUGUGGCGGUGCAGUGGAUCUGGCAGGAGGCCACGCCCAGCGUUAGCGUGCUUCGGUACCGACUCGUGUUGAACGGGCCGCUUGAGACUCGGACUCUCACAGUCUUUCCUGACAAACGGCAACACUCGUUCCUCCGGCUCCAUCCAAACACGAGAUACUCGAUCCACAUUCACGGAGAAACCACAUCCGGGAACUUCUCAAAGGCCAGUCUGGACGUCAGCACGCUGCUUCUGGAUUAUGAUGAGAUGCUGAGGUUUGCCGUUCCAGUGCUUCUCCUGCUUCUCGUUUUGGGGAUGUUCUCUGUUUUGACGAGGACCAUGUGCAGGGAAUAUUUCUUCCCCUUCAUCGCCAAUCCGAGGUACAGUCUGAUCGGACGCUGGCUCCUCGAGCCACAUCUUCAGGGCAGCGGCUCGAUCUGCACGCUGAAGCUGGAGCGUGUGUUCCCGCCGGAGAAGAGCAUCAUACAGCUGGAGCGCCGCGUGUCUUUGGUGUCUGAUCAUGAAGACGUGCUUCCACUGAAGAUCUGUGCGAGCGCUGAAGAUACGGCUCUCGCUCCCUCCAGUCUGCCGGAGUACGUAGACUUACCCUUAAUACCCGAGAGCUCAGGCUAUGUUCAGACUGGAUGAAUUGAUCUCAUGUGAGCGUCUCAGAAUGACUCGCCUGCGGUUUCUGCAUUCUUAAAAAAAAAAUGUAAAAAUGCAUGUUUUUUAGUAAAGGAAUGAGACUUUGAAAAUGCUUUAAGAGCCUCAAAAUACACUUUUUCUGAUUUUUUACAUGGUUUUUUUUGUGAUAUACUGUAACACGUUUUGUGUUCAGGUCAUUUUCGACUCGGGGAAAACCAUUAGGUGUCAAAAAUACUUUUUGUAAAAUUGGCUAUGAAAUUAUAUUGUCAAAACACUUCUGUAAAAUAUAUUCUCCAGAUGUUAACUGAUGGACUGGAGUGCUGUGGAUUAUUGUGA